AAAGAAGUGUUUCGCAUCCAUUUUAUUCAGUCUUAAGCAGACGUUCGUGCGUACACAGUUAUUAAGAAGCGUUAUACGAACUUGUUAAACAUGUUGGUUCCUCUAGAUUUUGAUUUUAUUUUGAUACUGUAAAUAAUAGAUAUUACAAAGUAGCUGUAAAUUGCCCUUUGUUAUGUUAUACUGUGUAUACUAUACUAUAAACUACAGACUAUAGAAAAAAUAUAUAUUGUUAAAAGAUUAAACUAAAAUUACAAGUGGAAAAAUACACAAUAAUGGAAACCGUUGCUAAGGAUUUACGUAACCUAAGAGCUUGUUUAGUAUGUUCCUUGAUCAAGACAUUUGAUCAAUUCGAAUUUGAUGGAUGCGACAAUUGUGAUGAAUUUUUGCGUAUGAAGAAUAAUAAGGAUAAUGUUUUUGAUUGUACAAGCUCCAAUUUCGAUGGUAUGAUUGCUGCAAUGAGUCCUGAGGAUAGCUGGGUUUGCAAAUGGCAAAGAAUAAAUCGGUUUUGCAAAGGUGUAUAUGCAAUAUCAGUAUCGGGACGAUUGCCAGCAGGUGUUAUAAGAGAGAUGAAAAGCAGAGGAAUAGCAUACAGACCACGUGAUACAAGCCAAAGAUAAUUUCAAAAUUUGUAUUAUUACUAGCAUAUUUUCUUCUAAUGUUAUUUAUUAGAAUAUUCUAAUUAUUUAUCUUGUAUUUGCACUAAGAAUUUUAAUAAGAUUUUCACGAAAAUAUUA